GACUUCUCAUCUGUAACUCUUAAAACCAACCUACUUUUAUAAUUCUCACUUGGAGACUAUUUCUUCUUUUUAUGUUUUCUGAAACCUUUUGUGAUCUUCUUUCUUGUGUCAUUGAUGUCAUAAAUAUUGAUGGGAAAUUUUAGAGGCAAUAGCAGUGAUAGCGAGAAAAGUUGCCAUAGAGGGCAUUGGAGACCAGCUGAAGAUGAGAAACUUGAGCGGCUUGUUGAACAGUAUGGUCCCAAGAAUUGGAAUUUCAUUGCGCAACAUCUUCAGGGAAGAUCAGGCAAAAGCUGCAGACUGAGAUGGUACAACCAACUUGAUCCUAACAUCAACAAAAAGCCAUUUACAGAAGAGGAAGAAGAGAUACUCCUCACUGCUCAUGGGAUUCAAGGAAACAAGUGGGCUUCCAUAGCUAGGCUUUUCCCCGGAAGAACUGAUAAUGCUGUCAAGAAUCAUUACCAUGUUAUCAUGGCAAGAAGAAAAAGAGAAAAACUGUUAAUCUAUAGCAAGCGAACUGGCCAGGGAAAUCCUGAUCUUUCCAACAAAAACAAUGUUGGUGGCAAAUUUGACGGGUUUUUGAGGCCCCAAUCAACGUCUGACUCUAAGUUAGGGUUUUGCAGGUUUCAAGUCACUCGUGACAGACAGGGUUUCUCGUUACUGUCUUCUUCAAAUUCAUCACCUUCUUGGCUGAGUGGACGUGGAUCAACAAUCACAAACGAUUCAUCAGGUUAUUAUGAUGGUUUCGGUAGAGAAAGAAAAGAUUAUGUCAGGGCAAGUGAUCAGGAUGAAUUAGCUAAGAAAGGCUGCAGUAAUUUCAUUGGACCCAAGGCUGUUCAUGUUCAUCAUUCAUUCACAUUCUCAAAUUUUGGAAGUGAAGGUGAGACGUGCAGGAGAGGUUUAGUGAAGUUCAGUGAUAACCGAUCUGCACUAUGGAAUCUGCAUAUAGUUUCUCAAGGGGAAGGAUCAAUCAAGCACAAGGAUAUUCCCUUGAUAGACUUUCUUGGUGUGGGAAUCUCUUAAUUUCUGAACCUCUUGGGCUAAUCUUUUCCGCUAAGUAGAAUAUUGGGUUUCAGAUCUUCCUAUAUUUAUACUUGAUUUCCAUAUAUAUAUAUAAUCUUAUCUAGCUAGGAAUUGAGUAGCUAGUGUAUGCAAAAGAAAAAUAGGGCUACAAGUCUUAUAAGUGUAUUAUUCUUUUGCAGAUUAAUUAGAUGGAACUUUAAAAAUAUUCUUGCAGUGAUUAUAAUUAUUUGUUUUCUGUGGUUCAUGUGUGUACCUAGUGAGGCAUGAAUAAUUUUUUAACUACAUACCUGUGUUAGGUGUUGUUCCCUUU